GACUGGCUGGUUAAAGUACAUCGUGACGUGAAUCGUCUCUUAAAACCACUCCCUUGAGCUGUCGACAGAGCCACAGCCUCCAUUUACCGAGGAAAGCCAUUCCCCCCGGUGUGUUUGUUAACUUUGCGACAGAAACUAAAACAAGAACAACAAAUUAAUCGAUAUUAUUAUCAUCCGGUCAAACUUUCGACGCUCGGAAACCUCUUUGAAACUUUCGUGGAGUCGGACCUGCGAGGCUCAGGCAGCAUGGUGUUAAAAUCAGAAGACGGUGUUGUGCCGGACGACCUCACCCCAGAGGAGCAGCAGGAGCUGGAGAAUAUCCGCCGGCGCAAGCAGGAGCUGCUGGAGGACAUUCAGCGGUUGAAGGAUGAGAUAGCAGAAGUGACGAGUGAGAUCGAGAACCUGGGUUCCACUGAGGAGAGGAAAAAUAUGCAGAGGAAUAAACAGGUGGCCAUGGGCCGUAAGAAAUUCAACAUGGACCCCAAAAAGGGGAUCCAGUUCCUGAUAGAGAAUGACUUGCUGAAGAACACCAGUGACGACAUUGCUCAAUUCCUCUACAAGGGCGAGGGCCUCAACAAAACAGCUAUUGGAGAUUACCUCGGAGAGAGAGAUGAUUUUAAUAUCCAAGUCCUCCAUGCCUUUGUGGAGCUUCAUGAGUUCACAGACCUCAACCUGGUUCAGGCCCUAAGACAGUUCCUGUGGAGCUUUCGGCUACCGGGAGAAGCCCAGAAGAUUGACCGCAUGAUGGAGGCUUUUGCUCAGCGCUACUGCCAGUGCAACCCUGGUGUUUUCCAGUCCACAGACACCUGUUACAUCCUGUCAUUUGCCAUCAUCAUGCUGAACACCAGCCUCCACAACCCGAAUGUGAAGGACAAGCCUACUGUGGAACGAUUCAUCUCCAUGAACAGAGGAAUCAACGAUGGAGGAGACUUACCUGAAGACCUGCUCCGGAAUCUUUAUGAGAGCAUCAAGAACGAGCCUUUCAAAAUCCCAGAGGACGACGGCAACGACCUCACACACACUUUCUUCAAUCCAGACAGAGAGGGCUGGCUGCUAAAACUGGGGGGACGAGUAAAAACCUGGAAGAGGAGAUGGUUCAUCCUCACAGACAACUGUCUGUACUACUUUGAGUACACCACAGACAAAGAGCCCAGAGGAAUUAUCCCACUGGAGAACCUGAGCAUCAGGGAGGUGGAGGACAAGAAGCCUAACUGCUUUGAGCUUUUCAUUCCUGACAACAAGGACCAGGUGAUAAAGGCGUGCAAGACAGAGGCUGACGGGCGCGUCGUGGAGGGCAAUCACACCUUCUACCGAAUCUCCGCCCCCACUGCUGAGGAAAAAGAUGAAUGGAUGAACAGCAUCAAAGCUGCCAUCAGCAGGGACCCCUUCUACGAGAUGCUGGCAGCCAGGAAGAAGAAGGUGUCGUCCAUGAAGAGGCACUAGAGCUGCUCAGCGCUUCAGACGUUGCACUUGACAGAGCAGGGGUGGGGUACCGGGUGUCUGCUCUCCCUGUCUGGGCCAGUGCAGAGGCCACCGCUGGGAUGUCCCUCAGACCUCUCCAGGGGAUUUCUCUAGGAUACAUAUUAGGUCUGGCUUCGGGACUCUACUGGCCAGAAAAACAGGAAGCAUGCUGGGGUUUCUAGAUAAGAGUCAAGGCCAAAGCCUCCUCUAACCUCCUGUCUGAAUGUCUCUCUUUCUCUCUCAGCUUUAUGUGUGCUCUCUGUCUAUGAGGCCCUUGCGGUGUCACUCAGCAGAAUCCCCUUUGAAGAGAAACUGUUCCCUCAGGCUUUAAGAAAAAUCCCAUUUACAU